AUGCACGUCAUGGAUGAGCAUGGACACAUGACGCAGGCCGUCACUGGAUCAUGUGACCGUGACUCCUCCACAGCAGCCAGCUGUGCAUACUCACUACAGGAACCUCGUGAUCUCUUCACCCAUCGUAUCGGUGUGCUGGAAGGCAUGCCGUCUGCGUCACCAUGGAACAUGACGCUAAGUGGUUUGCGUAGCUUUGUCAAAACCCAGUGGAAAUUGAAGAUGCUCCAUGGCGUGAAUUUAACCGAUAUUCUAAUGGAAUGCAUUAGCAACACGCCGAAGCUCGUCUAUAUUAUUCCACGUUAUGGCGUCAUAUCUCAGCCUCUCCUUGAACACCGUUUGCCAGGACUAGCAACUCCUCGCUGA